AUGACAGAGACACAGGAGGAGCACGCACCGCCCGUGAAAUUGUGGCGAGGAUGGACGCAGGAUGAGCGCAUUGUGCUCAAGCUCCUCAACGAUGCCAUCAAGCUGAACCCGGGCAAGAGAGAAGCGGUUUUCAACCGUGUCUUCGCGGCCGAGAGCGGGCGCGGGAAGAGGGAUCGGAUUGCGCUGAAAGCGGCGUGGGGCGAGCGCACGAGGAGCGCUCGGGUCCAUGAUGCUUGGAGGGGAAUUCUGGAAGGGCCGAUGAGUGAAGAUGAGAUGGUGAGGUGGAGAGAGCUGGAGGCGCGAGUCAACAGAGCAAUGAAGCAAGUCGAAGGUGCUGGUGGUGUGGCAGCGGUAUACGAAGAGGAGGAGGAGGAGGAGGAGGAGGAGGAGGAGGAGGAGGAAGAAGCGACGGUGGCGUUGGACAUGGGAGGACACGACCCGGGCGAAUAUCACGACCAUCAAGAGCCCGCGGCCGAACCACUGGAUCUCGCGACGUUCACGGAGACGCCCCUUGAGAUGGUGCACAGCUCUCAAGUGGAAUGGGCGGGCGCUCAGCCGUACUGGACCGAAAGGGAGGUUCAUGCCCACACCGUCCUCUCGCACUCCUCUCCAACCUACAGACUGGGCGGCAAGGUCUAUCGCAUCAUCGACAUGGAGGGCAAUGCAAGAGAUCUCAUGAUGUGCAUAGCUCAGUUCUGUGACAUCUGCAACAACCAGCUUCCGCCGGCGGCGGCGGCGGUGGCGGCAACAUACCACAGUCCCACAGACGGCUAUCCAUUCGUCCACACUACCGACGUCAGCAAAGACCACGAAGACGGGAGAUUGUACUUCGCACCCUGUCAAUUUCCCACGUUUGACCGGGAGAACAGUCCAUUCUCGAAAUCCUUUCCACGGAAUAUCGUGUACAACGACGGUGUUCCUAGGAUCACGGAGUGCUGCAUCUAUGAGCAGUGUCAAGUCUGCGCGGCGCCGGCGUUGUUGAGGAGAGUGUCCAACUCCCAAGAGGGCUGGGACGGAGGCAUGGUGGACAUUGGCGGAGGGCGACUACGCUAUCUUACAAGAGGAGGAGGAGGCAUCUAG